AUGCGCGGUCUCGAUGAUAGUACCGACAUCCUAAUUCAUGUUGGCCAGGCGGCCGGCGAACAGGUUAAAUAUGGGUGGAAUGCAUUUCUGAACUUUGCAGCGCGGGAUAACGUCCUCGAGGUUGCUCUAGGUUUGAUAAUCGCGAAUUCAUUCACGCAAGUUGUCACUUCCUUCGUAUCCGAUAUCGUGCUACCGAUUGUUUCUCUUUUGCCCUUUUUGAAUCGGAACAUGGAUCAGAAAUUUGCGGUCUUGUCUAGAGGUCCUAAUUAUGAUCCUCGAAAGGGGUAUAAUACCGUCGGCCAGGCUAGAGAUGAUGGUGCACUUGUUUUAGCUUGGGGUGGGUUCGUUGAGAAUUUAUUGAAUUUCAUGGGUAUCAGCCUGACACUUUUCGCGGUCGCGCAUUUAUACAUGCUCAUAUCUCAUAACAAAAUUAUCAAGCCUACUGUGAGGUGCAGGUACUGCAAGAAGUACAUCAGUGUGGAGGUCAGGUACCUUAAUGAGCCUGUUGCUUUGAUUCUAAGAGUGGAAUUGACGAAAGACUGGCAAGAUGGCAGGGAGGACCCGAUCAAACAAGACAACGAUGGAGAUGAUGAAUAUGAGCUGUGA